UUCAGCCGUGACACUGAGGGAGGUCGCCGGCGUCCGCUACUUGGGCGCAGUGGCGGUGCAGGGUGGGAGCUUCGGAUCCACCACUGCGACCAGUGCACCACCACCAGGAUGAAGAAGCAAGAUUUGGCAGCUGCGGGCAAAAGGAAGCUAGAAGAGUUCAGGAAGAAGAAGGAUAAGUCAGCACAUGCCGCUGCACCAGUCCAGGAGGAUGAGAAUGGAGCCACAGACGAGGAGGCCAGACCAGAUCCAAACAUUUGGAGAAGAGCCCUUGAGAAUGAGAUCAACACUUUGCGAUCCGAAACUGGGCGCUUGCAAGCUGAGCUCCUCCGAGAGCAGACAGAGAAGGCUCUUCUGCAGACUCAGGUUCAGCAAGUUGAGAAGAAUACUGGCUCAAUAAAGAGCCAGCUUGAACGAGUGGAGAGAGAGAGACGGAAGGCGGAGGAGCUCGCUUCCUCCUUGAGGAGAAACAUCGAGACAAUCACUGGGGAGAGAAACGCAGCCAUUGCUGCCAAAGAAGAUUUUGCAGCGCAGCUGCGGGUGGCCCGACGCCGGCUUCAGGAAGCAGAGGAGGAGCAAUACCGCGCAGAGGAGGACACCGCCGCUCUGCGUGCUGAAGUGGAGCGGCUGGAGGCCCUAUCACACGGCCAUGUGCGGCGACCCAGCCAGGAGAUUCCGCUUGCGGAGAACGAGUUGGACAAAGCAAGAGCAGAGCUGCAGAUGACGCUUACUGAGCUCCAAAGCUCCCAGCAGAGCGUCGCAGUUGAGAGGCAGAGGCAAGCGGUUCUCUCCUCUCGACUCGCCGAAGUUACUUCGGAAAAGGACGAGUUAGAGCAUGUCCUUACCCAGACUAGGGACAAGCUGCAGGAGCUUCGGCAGCAGCUCGGAGCCAGCCAGGCUCGGGCCACAGCAGCUGAGGAAGCGACAGCGGAAGCAAGGCUAGAAGCGGCCGAAGCAAGGCGAGAAGCGGAGUCAAAAGCCGAGUUUCUUGCCCCACGAACCCCCGAGAGCAGGAGCACGACCGACGAUGCGGAGCGCGCUGAGUUGGAGUUGGCGGCUGCUCGGUUCGUGGACGAGAAGCGCAAGCUGGAAGGGCGGUGCAAGGAGCUGGCCAUGAUGGUGGAGCGGCAGGAGAAGGGCCGCCAAAAGCUCCUCACCGAGAUCGACUCGCAGUCGCUCGAGAUAGAACGCUUGUUCGGAGAGAACGCCGGCCUACACGCAGGCCUGAACGAGUAUACUGCGAUUGCGGCACGCUGGGAGCAGCAGGUGCAUGAGUUGCUCGGCCAGAACCAGGAGCUGCGGGCAGCUCUGCGGCAGCUUCGAGAAGAGCAGCGGGUGGCAGAAGAAGCGAGGAGCACGGCCGAGGACGUCAAAGUGCAGGACAGUCCGGGUCAGGCAGGCAUGGUGCCAGCUUCGGACCUGGAAGAAGCCAGGGCGCGGGAGGCGAAGCUUAAGAAGCAGUUGGCUCAGGCCCUGGCCAAGGCCGAAGAGUUAGCAGAGCAGUGCGAGCGCUUGUCGGCGGACUACAACCAAGUAACGCACGCCAUGGCGAACCUGAGUCGCGCAUAUCAACCGUUGCUUUCCGGCAUAGAGAGCAAACUUUUGCAGCUGAGAUAAGAAGUCGUUUGAUUGUUACGAAAAGACAGUCGUGCAGAUUGACCGUCAAUGACCGAGAUCAAGCUAUUCUGCUUUUUAUUACCUAGUUCGAGGAGCCAAUUCUGCCCUACCCGAUGCCUUGACCUUUGCAAGCAACUGCAAGGAUGGCCUAUCUCCGUAACGCCAUAGCCAGCGUGGCCGUAGGCUUCUCAUGGCAAUGUUAACAGCUGAUAACGCUCAGAACCCGCUCAUUGAUGUGAUGAGCUACUGGCGAGUGACUGGGGUUUUGAACGAUCUUAGACAUUCAGACAGUCUUCAGGACCAAUAAGCCACUACGAAUGAUUGCUUGCAGCCGUGUUUUAUAGGGCUAGCGGAUGGUGUUUGUUAAAGAUCGGAGACACAUUGCCCGGGGGCCUUCAAUAUCCUCCCAUAUCAAAUAUAUACGUCGUAG